AUGAUUGAGUGCUGGCGAUCGGAGACCCAUACAUUUCAUCUCCGCACUGGCGAGGCUACCAUCACCGUGCAGGAUGUCGAGGUGAUUUAUGGUCUACAGAUUGAUGGACAGGCAUUGUAUAGAGUGGAGCCUCCGGAGAUGUUGCCGUAUCGCCAGGAGUUGGCUAGGCUCACUGGUUUCGAGCCUCUGCAGAGGGAUAUGCGUGGACGGAGUCGGUUGUUGCGGUCCUCCCUCCAUGCUCACUUGCGCCUCGUAGAUCUGCAGCAUCCGAUCGGCGAGGCGACGCCUCAGGUUGAUGUUGACCGACGUGCUCGCUUAUAUCUUCUCAUCAUAUUCGGGGGCAUCAUGUUCUCGAACACGUCGGGUGCGGAUAUGAGCAUUAGGUAUUUGCUCUUUAUUGAGGACUUAGACCAGCUCGGAUGUUAUAGUUGGAGCGUCGCUGUCCUGGCUUACAUGUACAGAGGAUUUGAUCGAGCCUCUAUGGGCGAGAGGGUUAAGGUCGCUGCAUUUAGCCCUCUUCUUCGUGUUGAGACCUUUUCGGCCCAUAGUUGCUCACCCUCCUAUAACUAUGUUGCUGAGGAUAUGCCAUACGCGCGGAGAUGGUCGCGAGGCCGUACCAGAGGUGUGGAGACGGACCAUGUCAUUCUCCCGUUUAGGGAUCAGUUAAAGCGCCGGAGGCUUUCAUAUGGACGCCGUAUGAUUAGAUUUUGGGUCAGCUGCCGGCGUUUUGUAGGGCUGGUGAGCACAUGUGGACUGCACGGUGUCCAUUGA